AACCACAUCAGUUAAGUGUAACCGAUAAUGAUUUGGAGUGGUUUGUAACCAGAACUCUCGGGAUUUACCGUCAGGUUACGGAAUCGCCGGAACUCAGUAAAAAAGUAAACAAAUACAAAUGGCUGCGAAGACAGAUCUUGCUACAGCUGUCGAAAAACAUUUUUGUUCGAGCACAGUGAGAUUCCGAAAUAUUCACCCGAAAUACAAACCGUAUGACAAAAAACGACCAAAAGGGCGAAGUGGCCACUGCAUGUGUGCAGAUGAAUCGGAUAUUUACAUUUUUGGAGGAUACAGCCCGAUGGACGAUCGAAAUGGGGUAAGGCAAAGUCGCGUUUUGCCCGAGUUGUGGAGAUUCAAUUUCGCCUCACAGAAGUGGUCGCAAGUGGACGCAGAUAAUACUCCGAUUACGUGUGCAUCUUCGUCCAUAGCCGUGCGAAAUAAGCAAGUGUUCGUCUUCGGUGGAACUGGGUACCCGUUUGGUCAAAUAAUGAGCAAUACCAUUAAUACUCUGAAACUGAACGUUCCAGCCCUGCAGGCAGCGGGGGAAAGCAUGUUUGACAAGCAGAAGAUGAAACACACCUGGCAGCUUCUUAAGACAAGGGCGCCGUCCUUCAGCGAAGACAGCGAGGAAGAAGAUAAUACCCCUCCUCCGGCAUAUGGACAGAGUCUGAUGUUCCACAAGAACGCACUCUACAUUUUUGGUGGGGCCAUUGGGUAUUACUGUGAGGCUGUUUCUGAUCUCCAUAAGCUGAACCUUAACACGCUGUGUUGGGAAAGGCUACGCCCCACUGGCAGGAUCCCAAGUGGCCGAUACAAGCAGGAAGUUGUUCUGGACAAUGAUAGAUUCUAUGUGCUGGGUGGAGGACGGUUGCACUAUGCAGAAGGACUCGACAAAAUUUACGCCUACGACAUCGCCCACAACCAUUGGUCGGAAGUGAUCACAAAACCGGACCCAGAGCACGGCUACCCUCGUCCAAGAUGCAGCUUCGGGUGUGCACAAGAUGGCAAGAAUGUGUACAUCAGUGGUGGACGUCACUACAGUGCCGAUGUUGAGCACAGAUCACUGAUGGACAUUUGGCAUUUACAUCUGGACACCUUCCAGUGGAAGAAACUCAAGAUGAAGCUUCCUGAUGCGCUGUAUUUUCACAGCGCCAUAGUAUCACCAUCGGGGCACAUGUACAUUUUUGGAGGGGUCCACAGGGAUGGUUUCCGUGCUCCCUAUUUGUACAAGAUCCGACUUCCACACACCAUGCCAAAGUUGGCCGAGAUCUGCUGGGAGAAAUUGUGCGUAAUAUCCCGUGUUCAAAAGGUGUUGACCGCUGGUAAUUUGACUGAAAUGGGUGUACCAUGGAAUCUCGUUGAUCGAAUCCAUUGAUUUCAAAGGUUAAAAGAGGUUAUAGAUAUCCGAAAUAUUAAGUUGUGUCUGAAAUGUUGUUGUUUUUUUUGUCGUUGGAUAUGUAAGUGAUAAUAGCCUUUGCUUUGCUUUUAUUUUUUGACCUUUUUUAAUACAUAACCAAUGCAUAGCUAAAGUCAUGUGUAACUUUUAAUAACUAAUGUUGCUUUUCAUCAUAUAAAAUUUCAUUUUAUUUAAAGCUAUUUUAAAAACAAAGUUCAUUUAAAAAUUGUCUGUGAUUUUUAUUCAAAGCAUUUUCAUUCAAAAGUAUUCUUUGUAUGUUUUGAACAAGAAAAUUUAGUUGUAAUUGAAUUUCAAAAAGAAAGACUUGGGCAAACAAGUACAUGAGCACCUUAAGAGUUUAAUGCUUUUGCAAAAAGCUAUUCAAGGUUUUAAGUUAUGUUAAACAUAUACAUCACAAAGAUUUUUAUUUACUUUUUUAACAUGUUUCAUUUUAUUAAUACCAUUUUGUGUUGUUUUAAGUGUUUCAAAGUUGUGUGUUUUGUGUGACUUUUAUUUUAUACCAUAUGGCAUAUUUGCCUAUAAAUGUAAAAAAAUGGUAUUUUGUGUCCCAUUAAAAGUAAAAGGUCAAUUUUUAUUUUAGGCUUCAGAGGUUUUAUUAUAAAUUGUUUUUUGUUUUAAUAGUUAAAUUAUUCUCACCUUAUUGUGAUGCAAAACUGUGUAUUAUUGAUUAGUAAAGCAAUAUUUUAGAUGUUCCUAUUGAUAACCUUUGACACCUUGAGAAAGGUAUUUUAUUUACAGUAGCUGAAAUAUUUUUGACAUGAUAAACAUUUUGCCUGAAGCAUUUUACGAUUUGUUUAUGUUUGAGAAGAGGUAUUUUCUUUUCCUGGUUUUUUAUUUACCAAUUUCAAUAUAUGUCAUCUGAAUGAUUAAAUAGAAUUUAAAAUUUUAACUUAAGUCUCCAAUUAAAAAAAUAUUGCUAAAAACUUGUGCUUAUGGAAAUAAAAUGUGUCUCAUAGAGUUACCAAAAAAAAGUUUAGCUCACCUACCUAGUCUAAUCUUUUUGGCCAUAUUAGUGGAAAUAAAUGACAUUUAAUUUUUCUCCAUGUGGAUAUCAAUUUAAAAUGUCUUAUUUGUGAAUGCUGGCCAAGAUUUAAACUUGAAGAAUCAUUGUAUCAUAAUUAAAAUGUUGUCACAUUUUUGUUGUAUUUAGCUUUUAUUUUGUAUAUAGUUCUACAUGUACAUAUACAUUCUAUUCCAUACCUAGUGUCACAAUAGGCUGAACGUUGUGCUGGUUUGUUUGCUAUAAAAAACUUUAUUUUUGUUGUUGACAUGUUACUGGAUUAUAAUUCUUGUUACUUAUUUGAAUUUUAUUUAUUUUUUAAUAGUAAUAUAAUUAAAAGUAGUGAUAACAUUCAUAAUAAUUAAUAAAUAAUAAUAAUUAUAGUAAUAAAACUAUUGUUAGUAUUAUUAUUAAUUGUAUUACAGGUAUUAUUAUUUGAUCUGCAAGGAAACCCGUUCAAAAAACUUUUCAGAAUGGUUUUUUUCUUAUUAAACCAUGUUUUUUAAAACUAGUAUUUUAAAACAAAUAACAGUAUACAAUUCUGAAAUGGUCAGUCUCUUCAAUUCUUAAUACAUGUACUAGUACUAAACGUGGUUGGGAGACAAAGGGACAGUAAAGCCUCUGGAAUGCUGGCUUUAGUGUUUUAAGCUUUGUGAUUGUAUUGAUUUAUAAAAAUAUUAUGUAAUUUUAUGUCAUAUUAAACCAGCUUUUUAAAAGGGCUUUACAUUAGACAAUGUGUAUACAUGUAUAUUUUAUGAUGUUACUGUUUUAACAUGAGAUUAAGGAUUUUCUUGUUUUGUUCCCUUGAUUCUGUGAAUGGGUAAGUGCAAAACAAAGUCAACAGUGUAUGUUUUACGUUUCUUAUGUCAGGGGAUCUUCAUUCUGGCAGAUAAUGUUUAGUGUUUUAUCAAUUGUCUAUUUGAAUAGUGAUGCAACUUGUUAAAUUAAUCCUCUAGUCAAACAUCCGUAUUGUUGUUGGGAUUAUGGAUUUAUGUAUCCCUCCUGGGGCUUUCUCUUCCAUUUGCCAAAUUAGCCAAUGGCUACCAAAAAAAGAAAUUAUGUGUAAAAAACGUACAUGUGGCCACAAGUUUUUCUUCAUUAUCACCUAUAAGUUAUCCAAAUAAGAAGAAUUUAAGACAUAAAAAGCAUUUUGAGCUGGGGGGUCUCUAUUCUGGCUUAUUGUCAGAUACGUGUCUAUCAUCUGUCAUUGAAAUCAUUUUAAAUAUUGUCUCCAGCUCAUUUUUGCUUGUUUAAUAACAAGAUUUUGACUUAUUUUUUUUAUAAAAUGUAUCAUUUAUCCAGCCAUAUAUAGAAAAAUAUAGAUAACUGUCAUUUAAAGUUAGUUUAUUGAUACAUUGAGAGAAAUAUGGACAAGCUGAUGUUUAUUAUUUGACAACUAAAAUUUGUUUAGAGAAAUUGUAUGACAAAAUGAGUUGUUUUCAGAGAAAACUGGGCAUAAUGCAUAUGCGUAAAGUGUUGUCCCAGAUUAGCCUUUGCAGUCCGCACAGGCUUAUCAGGGACGACACUUUCCGCCUAAAUUGGAUUUUUGCUAAGUAGACACUUUAUUUUAACGAAAAAUGUCAUAAAAGCCGAAAGUGUCGUCACUGAUUAGCCUGUGCGGACUGCACAGUCUAAUCAGGGACGACACUUUACACACAAGCAUUAAGCCCAGUUUUCUAAGAAAAAGGCUCAUAUAAUCUCAACACAUAUUACUGAUAUUUGGAUCAUGAUAUUGUACAUUGUGAUAAUUUUAAUGAGGCCAGGAUCAUUGGACAUUUUUAUAUAUUUGAAUAAACUAUGCAACAAGAUU